GAUAUUUGUGGAAAGAAUCAAAUUGGAAUUCUGAGUCAUAGUGGAACAAGCUGUUAUUAAUUAACCAAAUAAUUGAAAUUACAAAUUUGCAACAACAAUUUGUUCACCUUGGCUAUGGCUUCCAUAUACAAUAACCAAAAAAUAAUCCUACUCUUAAUUUUUUCACUAGUUUUUCUGUCUUCUCCUGGUGUACUUGCCAAGUCUCGUCGCCCAAUCUCUGAUGCAGAAAUUAGCCAGAAGAAACUCCAAUGUUAUGCAGAUAUUGAGAGUGGGAUGUGGGGUGAGAAGUGCAAGGCUACAGCAGUAGACAAGGAGAAUUGUGCUCUACAAUGCUUGUCACCAGUUUGUUUUGAACACGUUUAUCAAAGUGAUCCUUUGGAGGAAGGGGAAAAAGAUUUAGUAAGGAGUCAAGAAUACAAGUACUGCAUGCACAAGUGCAGGUACCGAUCCGACGACUUUCGGGCAUUGAUUUUUGUGGUUCCUCUUUGUUAGCAUCAUUGGAGAUUCGAGGUAGCUACAGUUGUUUUUCAAAGACUACUGAAAUCUCUUCUAGCCCUACCUUUAUGCAUUUUUCGCAUUUUAAGUUCAAUUUUUUCUUUGAUUUCUGUACUUAGUAGCUUGUUUUAGUGACUAUUAGACCUGGGGUUGUCUAUGUUUGACAAUACUAGUCUAACAAUUUAGUUUUGAGAUUAUUUGGGAUUUAUUUUAUUCUUAUUUCCUUCCGCUUAUAUAAGUUUGGGAUGUUGUGUUUGGAAUUGGGUUCCUUUCUUACCUAUCAUGGUGGGUGGGAUAGGUGCCAUCACAUUCCUGAAGUUUGGCCGUGACAGAUGGUAUCAGAGCCCCAGGUUCACUGGUCUUACAAAUACAAGCUGAGUCUAGUAGAGUCUCACUGAUAGUUGCGGAUACGUUUGCUACCUUUCUUCGGGAGGCUAUAGGACUUUAGGAAAUAUUCAUUUUCUUCUCUCUCUUAUUGUGCAAUAUUGAUCCUUUAACUGGAAAUACUGAAAUUCUUAUCUUAUUCUCUCACAAAUGGUUAGGACUCAUACAUCUUAAGAUGGUGGUCAGGAGCCCCUGCUAGCCUCUGAGCCGAUCGCUCGAGAUGGGAUACGCAGAUGGGGUAGGAAACGUGGUAGGGGCACAAGUUGUGGUAGAAAGGGAGCUCGAGGAGCUAUUCUGAUUCCUGAUAGGGUGGGGUCUCUCGAGGUUGAUUUCGAGGCCGGUGAUGAUGAUUUUCAGGUUCCAGCUAAUAAUGUGGGCCCAUGUCAGGCACCACCAGGAUUUGUUGCUAUACCGAUUCUUCAGGAUACCUUGAUUAAAGUGUUAUGGUAUUUUGGAGAUUAUAGCUCAGGGAGGUGGAUCAUUUGGUACUCCACAGGGUUCACAUGUUAAGGUAGGGGUGCAGACCCAAGAUUAGCAACCCAUCCCAAUUUAUCAGGGUCCAGUGGUUCAGCCAGCAUCAACCAGCAUCGAGAUAUGAUAGUAUGCCUUUACUAGGGGUAGGAACUAUCGGUGGGGUUAGAGCAGCUAUGUUUGAUGAGGAGCAGCGGUGGUUUGAGAAGUUUAGAAAGAUGGAUCCACCGCAGUUUUAGGGUGAUCAUCGUGAGGAUGCCUAUAAGUUUUUGGUCAGUUGCCACGAGAGACUUCAGAGUGUGAGAUUGGUUGGCUCCUACGGGGUUGAUUUAUACAGAUGUGUGGUCCUGCCAAGCAGUGGUAAUGCAACUAUAUUGAUUCCAGGCCAGUGGGUUCUCCACCAAUGACUUGGGGUAUGUUUGCGCAGACUUUCCUUGGCAGAUUCGUCCUUUGUAGCUUGAGGGAGAAGUGUAGGCACUAGUUUGAGAAUUUGACACAAGAGGGUAUUUUCGUGACAUAUGCGUUGUCCUGUUAUGCUAUGAUGAUCUUGCCAGACAAGGCCGAGAUGAUCAGGAAGUUUAUAAGAGGUUUGACACUUAAGAUCAGAGAGCCCAAUUUGGGGCUUCUCUUCAGAGGGUGGUUGAAUCAGCAAAGGAGUUCAAGUUGAUGCAUCAUGAGGAGUAUGGGGAUCUGAGGGACAAGAGGUCCCUUACUUCGGGUCGAUUUAGCAGUAGCUCUUCUUGAGGUAGGGAUUCAUUUAGGCGAGAUUUUUGCCCUCAACAUGGUAGGCCAGUUCAUGCAGCGAUGCAGACAUCAGAGGGUGGACAUUCAGGUUGGGCUUUUUAUGAUUUGAGAUAGGCUUCACAGUGUUCAUCCCAAUGGUUUUCAGGCUGUGGCGGCCAUACCGGAUAUUCAGGUCAUUCUCGACAGUUAGCUCCCAGGUCCUGUUAUGAGUGUGGUAGUCCGAAGCAUCUUCGGAGAGAUUGUCCAGUAGACAGACAGAGGGGUCCACAACAGGGUCAUCAGGCUUCUACUAGAGCAGUAGUGCCCUCGAUUAGGGGUCGGGGUAGGUCUCAGGGAGGUAGAGGUGCACCACCAGCUGGCAGGGAAGGUGGUAGAGGAUCAAAUAACACUGAAGCAGGUCGAUGACAAACUGAGACGAUACCUGUAAUGAUUGCAUCAGAAGACUCUGCCUCGGGCUUCCCUUGAAAGGCAUAACAGUGAGCACUAUUAUCUAUCACUUGAGUCACAUCUCUACCACCUUCCCUGCCAGCUGGUGGUGUCUCUACCUCCCUGAGACCUGCCCCGACCCUUAACCGAGGGCGCUAUUGCUCUAGUAGAAGCCUGAUGACCCCGCUGUGGACCACUUUGUCUGUAUACUGGACAAUCCCUCCGAAGAUGCUUCGGACUACCACACUCAUAACAAGACCUGGGAGCAACUGCCAAGAAUGACCUGAAUAUCCGGUAUGGCCGUCACAACCUGAAAGCCACUAAGAUGAACACUGUGAAGCCUAUCCCGAACCAUAAAAAACCCGACCUGAAUGUUCACCCUCUAUGUAUGCAUCGCUGCAUGAACUGGCCUACCAUGCUGAGGACAAAAAUCUCGCCUAAAUGAAUCCCUACCUUAAGACGAGGCCUAUCCCGAACCAUAAAAAGCCCGACUUGAAUGUCCACCCUCUGAUGUCUGCAUUGCUGCAUGAAUUGGCCUAACAUGCUGAGGGAAAAAAUCUCGCCUAAAUGAAUCCCUACCUCAAGACGAGGUGCUGCUAAAUCAACCUGAAGUAAGGGACCUCUUGUCCCUCAGAUCCCCAUACCCCUCAUGAUGCAUCAACUCGAACUCCUUUGUCGAUUCAAUCACCCUUUGAAGAGAAGCCCCAAAUUGGGCUACAUCAAACACAGCCUCUCUGAUCUUAAGUGUCAAACUUCUCAUAAACCUCCUAAUCAUCUCAGCCUUGUCUGGCAAGAUCACCAUAGCAUAACAGGACAACGCAUAAAAUCGAAUCUCGUACUCAGCCACAGAAAUACCCUCCUGUGUCAAAUUCUCAAACUGGUGCCUACACUCCUCCCUUAAGCUAUAAGGGACGAAUUUGCCAAAGAAAGUCUGUGCAAACAUACCCCAAGUAUCGGUGGAGAACUCGCUGGCCUAGAAUCAAUACAGGAGCACCACCGUUGCUUGGCAGGACCACACAUCUGUAAGGCAGUAUAAUCAACCCCGUGGGAGUCAACCAAUCCCAGACUCUGAAGUCUCUCGUGGCAACUGACCGGAAACUCAUAGGCAUCCUCACGAUGAUCACCCUGAAACUGCGGUGGAUCCAUCUUUCUAAACUUCUCAAACCACCGCUGCUCCUAAUCAAACAUAGUUGCUCUAACCCCACCAAUAGGUCCUACCCUUAGUAAAGGCAUACCAUCAUAUCUCGAUGUUGGCUGAACCCUGAUAAAUUGGGAUAGGUUGUUGAUCUUGGGUCUGUGCCCCUACCUAACAUGUGGAGUACCAAACGAUCCGUCUUCCUAAGCUAUAGUCUCCAAAACACCCAGUACUUUAAUUAAGGUAUCCUGAAGAAUCGGUGUAGCAACAAAUUUUGGUAGUGCCUAACUUGGGCCACAUUAUUAGCUGGAACCGACAUCAUCAUCACCUGCCUCGAACUCAACCUCGAGAGACCCCAUCUUAUCAGGAAUCUGAGCAGCUCCCGCUCUACCACUACUACGUCUCCUACCCCAUCCUCGUAUUCCAUCUCGGGCGAUUGGUUCGGGGGGCCUUGACCACCAUUUUGAGAUGUAUGAGUCCUCACCAUCUGUGAGAGAAUAAGAAUUUCAGUAUUUCUGGUUAGAGGAUCAAUAUUGCACGAUAAGAGAGAAGAAAAUGAAUAUUCCUAAAGUCCUGUAGCCUCCUGAAGAUAGGUAACGAACGUCUCCGCACCGAUCCGUGAGACUCGACUUGUAUUUGUAAGACUAAUGAACCUGGGGCUCUGAUACCAUCUGUCACGGCCCAACUUUAGAACCGUGAUGGUACCUCUAUCCUAUUCUCCAUGAUAGGUAAGUUAGGAAACUUGUAGAAGCAGAAGGAAAUAAGAAUAAAAUAAAUCUCAAAACUAAAUUGUUAAACUAAUAUAGAUAAUCCCAGGUUUGGUAGUCACUAACACAAGCCAUUAAGUAUAGAAAUCAAAGAGAAGUUUGAAUAUCUUAAGAUGCAUAAAGAUAAGGUUAGAAGAGAUUUUAGUAGUCUCUAAAAACAACCGCAACUACCUUGAAUCUCCAAUGAUGCUAACCAAGAGGAAUCAAUGCCCGAAAGUCGUUCAAUCGGUACCUGCACAUAAGGUGCAGAAAAAACAAGAGUGAGUACGAAACCACGUGUACUCAACAAGCAUCGUCGAUCGACCCUAAUUCAAAGUGGUGACGAGUAACACCAUAUCAAUGAUGUAAAAACAAUCAUACAACCUGCACUCAGGAAAGCCGCCCUAUUCUAACUGAAUAAUCAAGUCUUUCAUAAGGACAUCAUGGCAUAAUGCAAGAUAUCCUCUAUACAGUAAAUCAAGUAACAAAUAUUCAUGUAUUUAAUGAAUAAUAUAAAGUCAACAAAUACUCCUUACUUAAUCUGAGCCAGAAAUAAAUGAGUGUUGUGCAAUGCAUAUGUUAUGUACAUACCUACCGAACAAUGGUUUCAAGGUCAGGACCCAUGGGGACUCACAAGGUUCAUGUACUGUGCAGAUGUGCACUUCGAUCCCAAUAAAUAUAUUGUGCACUCCGACCCCAAUAAUGGAUAAUAAUGUGCACUCCGUCCCUAUAUGUAAUUCAAUGCAGGCAUGCAACUCCAAUCCCAAAUCAACAAUAAUGUUAAGCAAAACAUUUUAUGUUGAAUAAACUUCAAUUCUAGGAUCAACUUAUCAAGUUGGUGUAUUAUCAUUAGCUAGCUUUUUCAAUAAUUCAUUUACCAUAGCAAAUCAACCAUCGGGCUAACAAAUAGGAAAAAUAGUUCAAAA